UAUCAGGGGCUUGCACAGUGUCCCAUUCAGAAGCCAUAACAGUCACUAGUUGUUAGCAGUUGUUCUGAAACCCCCAGACAUCUGAGACUUCAAAGAAAGAACAUACAAACACAAAUAGCUCUCUUAUUGACACUCCACGAGUAUUUAAAACAUUCCUCACAGGCCAUUCCCAGGGACACUCCAGUCACACCUAUAGCAGUGCUAAAUCAACCACAAAGAAGACAAAAAAGGCUGUAACUGUUAGGAAUAAGAGUUCAGAAUAACAAAAACAAAUAGGCUCAUGGAUUUGAGGAAUAUUUCUGAAGAUUUGAUAAUUUGACUAUAAUGAGGGGGAGACGGGGACACUGGGAGGAAAGGGAAGAAACCACAUCUGUGGAAGAAUUAAAUUGCCAGUGCAGGACCCAGAGACAGACAGAACUGCUCUCUAGUGACACGAAUUCCUUUGCAAGGUACAAGAACUAUAUACAUUAACCAUUCUGUUCUUCUUAGACUUGUGGUUAUACAAGGGUAUGUAAGGCAGAAGGUCACAUUCAUCAUACCAUGCGGCCCUAGCACUGUUCCAUACUGACACGCAUCAGAUGAACGUAUAUAACAACCAGAAACAUCAGUGUAACCUUACAACCAUCCUCCAUUUAUGUUUCCAUCAAAGCAGAGAGAAAUUUGGCGUCCUGAUUGCAAGUGCCCUUUAUGCCAGCCCUCACCGUGGUGCAUCCAGGAGCAGUGGGUAGGUAACAGCUUCUGAAGGCCGUGGUGGUUUAUUUUUCCCUGAGAACAAAAGUAUCUAUCCCCAGUACAUGAAAACCCUAUUGAUGUAACAGAAAAAAAAAAUAAAAUUAAAUUAAAGGAGAAAUGAAAAAUGUAAAGUGAAGCUCCCAGACAGGAAGGCUAUUGCAGCAGCGACAGCCCCUGAGCUGCGAAGUGGCAUGGCCAGCUAACAGAUGGAGAUGUUCACAAGCAGCUCAACCAGAUCUUGUGAAAUGUGUAGGUCUCGCUUAGCCCUGCAGGCAAUUGGAGAUGAGACCUCUGCUUUCAGCGUGGUGUUUCCUUCCAAAAAUACGGACCAGUAGAUGCUGCGGUAGCUGUGGCUCCCUGUGACUGAUGGGACAGCUUGCUGCCAGCCCACGGUAUGAGCACCCUGGGUCGUGAAGCUCCUGCUGGCUCCUUGUUCCCUCUGGAAAUAAUUCCCUGUUUCAGUAGGGAAGGUAGCUAAUGGAAAUAUCUAACCCUAGAGGGAAAGCUCUGGAGAAAGGUGCGCCUUGUUGCCAUUUGGCUUGGUUUAAAUCUCAGGCAAUGCCAUCUUCCUACCUAGCAAAGCCCUUCAAGUCUUUUCAGCCUCUAGAUCUUCCACAUUCCUCUUCAAUAGGAGAAAUCGGGGGUGAGUUUUUAGCAGGAAGCUCGCAGCCCAGCUCUUCACCGUGCCGUGCUCCCCCAUGGGUUGCUUGAGGCUUGCCCUGCUGCUUUAAUUCAAGUUUCCUCUGUUUGGCAUCCUAAGUGUUGAGCACACCAGUUCAUACCAUUAUAACCUUGUGAUUGCCUUUAAGGUUAUUGGGUUUUUUGAUGGGGAAGAGUUUCAGGGGAGCUGGCUGCACUGUCUCAAGGUAAGCUCAUGGUUUCUGUAUUUACACAGAUUUUGUUUUGGUAGCUAAAAGGAAAAAAAAAAAGUAAAACAAACAAACAAACAAACAAAAGCCCUUCCCUAUCCCUUCUUCUGGAUAUUUUUUCUUCUAUAUUUCUUAUUUUCUUCUGGAUAUUAUUAGAGUCUGGUGCUGGAAACCCUUAUGAGACUGUUCUAACUUUCACCCUAUUAAAUAGCAAUUGAAAUGAAAUCAAAGGAUUUGAUAUUUUAUUUAUUUCUUCCUAACUGGUAAAAAACUAACACUAUGUUCUUACUGAGAGUCUGGCACCCUGAAGAGCAUCAUUUCCAGCUGGAAGGCCGCUCCUCUGCCCAUGCACUGUGGUUUGCCUGCCCCCAGCUCUUCCAAGGGUGUUGGAGGAGUUUGUAUGCCCCUGUGGGGACAGUGCCCUUCCUUCUGCCUGUAACCCUUCCCCAAAUCUGCCCAUUGGGUCAGAAAAAAGGGGAUGGAGACCCUCCAGGGACCCUCAACCCAGGAAUGUAUACAUUCAGGCUAAUGUUAUUCUGUAGAAAUGGAUAAGUAUUGUGAAAGUCCUUGCAUGGUUACUCGUGACCUGCAGUGGCUUGAUUUACUAAGACAAAGAUCAAAUAUUUCAAUAUAAUUAAUUGUAAUUAGCACUCAGUGGCUUUAGGAGUUCAUUUCCAGCCCCAGUGAUCAAUCAGCAGUCACCGGGACUCAGCGGGGCUGCCACAAGACGUCCUUUGAAGCCUUUCCAAGCGACAGCUCCAACCCCCUUGCACAGACCGUACAGUAAUGGCCUUCUCUUUUCAGUGUGGGCGAUACGCUUUGUUUGAAGGAGCUCCUCUGCCAUGCUUUUUGUGGGAUUUUUCAUGGAAAAACGCUCCGCAGCACAUUCAGGGAGGAGGCCUACAGGCGCUGUCUUUCACAGUGAAAUUUCUGGAGGGUGGCUGGGAAUUUUUUCUUCCCUUUUUCACAUCCCUCUGUGGGUUGCAUGCCGACACAGGUGAACUGCAGAUCUCACUGCCAACAGCUGAAAACGCUUGGUGGUUGGUGCUUCCAGCAGCUCAGAAAGGAGCUCCAUUGGUGAUGGAGGCCCAUGAGGUGGUGGAGGAGGUCCAGAGAAGUAGCCCGGUACUUCAUCCCCACAGCCUUGCCUGUGGUUGCCCCAAAAAGCCUGGCCAAAGGAGGUUGAAUCUUUGCUGUGGAGUCUACAUCAGCUCAGAAGCCAUGCAAAAUCUGCAGUAUGCACCAGAUCAGAGACAACUUCUGCAUAUAUGCCCUUCACUUCUGUUCCCAGCACCAGGGCCACGUGUGGAAGUCUUGGUGAAAUCGCUGCGGCUGCCUUUAAGAGCCAUAAACUCCCUUCCACCAGAGCAGAAAGCGGCUGUUUGUAUUUCCCUGUAUUGCAGCAGUGCUUCUGCGAAAUUUUGGGUGUUUUUUCCCUCCAGCAGACCCAAAGGAAAUGUGCCACUUUGGGAGCGGCUGAGGCAGGUGCCCUUCUUCUGCAGGAAAACUAAAGGGGUCCCCUCACAUUGAUGGUCAGAUCUUUAUGAAAACUGCUUCAGUACCAGAUGUCACAACUGCAUUAACGUGUCAAUGUAUUUAUCAGAGCUUGGGCAAAACCACUUAUAUGUUGCUUGGAAGUCUUUCACAAAGAUCUCAUUGGUGAUAACCUGGACACCAGCAUGCAGGCGUUUCGGG